UAAAGGUGAACUGUGCCCCUUGUCUUGGCUGUUCAAUGGUGUUUUGUAAAACAUGGGUGUGACACUGGAGAGAGUACAGAACAAGUUUGCCUGCAUUAUUGGAGAACUCUGCAGUGAGCCAGUCAUCUUGUCCAAAUUUGCAAUAUGGCUGGACCUGAGACUGGCAGAGUACAAGGCCAAGGGAGCCAUAUCCUUAGAUUGCUCAGGGGAGAACCCCGACCCAGUUUGGUUGAAAGGUCAUGAAAAAGAUGUCCCUGUGUGCGAGAGUUCACAGGAUUAUCACUACAACCCUUCCCCGCCCCAAUCCCACACCGAACCCAGUGUACACAGAUCUCGUCAACGCUUCACAUCUAGUCUCACGGAAUCACCAGAGGAUUCAUCAUUCCCAGCAAAAACUGUGUGCAAAAAAGAGAAUGACAGUGACAUUGAGUGCGUCUUCCCAGUCAGCUUGCACCGUAGUCAGGAUCACAAGCGCUCAAUCACUGAAACGCAUCCCAACUCCUCACCGUCCAAAUUUCGACGUUUUGUGGAAGAUAUCACAGAAAAUACAGUAGACCCAGCACUGCCUUCUUCUUCAUUUAAUACCACAGAUACUCAUGCUGAUUUUGACCAGUCAAAUGGCCCUGACGAGGGCUUUUUGUCCUCUGUAUUCUCAUCAAACCAAAGCAGUAUGUUGUUACAGUCAGGGGCAGAUAACUCAUUAACAUUUUCACCUCAGGCGGGAGAUAACUCCUUGCAGCAGACUUUAGCUCUCCAGUCUAAGACAGAAGACUUUUCACUGAGCCAUGACACAGGCGGUCGAAGUAACCAACUCAAAUGCAGUGUUUGCCAUCGGGUGUUCUCAAGUCGCAGUACUUUGAGGCGUCACCGAACUCUGCACGAUCCGAGCUCUAGACGUCACACGUGCAAGCUGUGCCCGGCCAGAUUCCGACGCCUGGAGCAUCUGAGAAACCAUCAGAGGCGAAUACAUCCGGUCUACUGGGGACAGGUUGUCAGUAACGCCUUAGCCCGUGUUCCGGGCGAAACCGCGGACGCUCAGUGAAACAGUACUGUAAGAGCACAAGAAAAGCCUUAACAGAUCGUUUGUACAUACAUGUACGGUCGUUGAUAAACUACGAUUAAAAGAGUUCUGAAGCCUUAACAGAUCGACUGCAUAAGUACCAGAUCAAAACAUGGAUGUACACUGAAGACAACGGUUGCGAGAAAACAAUCGGCCUCAACACAUUUUCCGUAAUUGACGAAAACGUUGGUGCUUAUUAAGAAAUAUGAGUAAUAGAAAGCAUUGAGACACUGUCUGUACCAGAGGAAAAAGUGGACGCUCAUUAAAAAUUAUGAGUACAAGAAAAGCCUUAAUAAAUUGUCUGUAAAAGUCCCAGAUUACAACGUGGGCAGUCAUUGAAAACUACAUGAUUACCAGAAGUCUUAACACAUUUUUUCUCUACCUUACGAAAACGUUAGUUUGAACUACUUAUCUUGAGUCCAAGAAAAGUGUCAAUACGUCUUCCACUGACGAGAGCAUUGACGCUUAUCGAAAACUAAGCCUGCAAGAAACCUCGUGAUUUUGAGAGGAAAAAGUUGACAGCAUGAUAACUUGGUGACAGGUUUCAUGAAAAUCGAGGUUAGUCCAAAUUUUUCUCAAUUAUAAAGAAAAUGAAACUCAUUCCAGGCAAGCAAUAACAACAUAAGUUCCAGAAGAAAAAGACGGAGAGUGUGUGAUUUUGUAAAUGUGGAUCGGGGACAACUGUGUGCUUAGCUGUGCGGUGUGUUCAGCCUGAUAAGACUAGAUCUAUGUAAAGACUAGAUCUAUGUAAAGACUCAUACGAAGUGUUCACAAGACAUUUAGCGAUGCCAGACAGAACAGGAAUGGUGACGCGGACGACGUGGGGAACCAUGUCCAAUGCUACCCUAUUCAACCUGUUCUCCAGUUUAAAAGAGUUGCGCAUAACAGUUUUGGUCUAAGGUGAACACAGUCAUAAUAUGAUCAUAAUCAUAAAACCUAGUCAUAAUAUUAUAAGUGACUGUGGAAGAGUAUGUGCACAGUAGUAUUGAUGUACCAUAAUGCAACGUUUCUGCAUAGUCUGUUUAUUAAAUUUGAAAUAUUUAUUUAAGAUUCUCAGUUUAUGCCUUCUACAUUUGUGUUGAAUUUUAUGUUCGAAAUUUGUCUAUUGUUGAGGUGUAAUGUUGUAUUGUUGUGUUAAGAAUAUAAAUAUAA